GCCAAAGAGAGAAAAACACAGCAGAGAUCUACUUACGCACAGCAGGCAGCCAGGUACAGACUCCCCUUUCUCACCGACACUCAACAGAGGGAACAGAGGAGGUCAAAAGAUGAAAGGCACCCACUCUUUCGCUGGACUUCUGCUCUUGAUCAUUGCUCAGAGCAGCUUGCAAAUCCCGCAGGAGGACACAGAGGACAACUCCAGCCUAUUGACAGAGGACUCUAUGUUCAGCGAGCCAAGGGAGCUGUCGAACACGAAGAGACAUUCAGAGGGAACAUUCUCUAACGACUACAGUAAAUAUCUCGAGUCGAGACGAGUGCAAGACUUUGUCCAGUGGCUAAUGAACUCGAAGAGAAGUGGGGGUCCCAUCAAACGACAUGCAGAGGGUACCUACACCAGCGACGUGAGCUCCUACCUGCAGGACCAGGCAGCCAAGGAGUUUGUGUCCUGGCUGAAGAAUGGCCGAGGCAGACGAGAAUAGGGCUCCUCUACUCAGUGUCUUAUUAUUCAGCCACAGAGUCCCAGUGUCUUAUUAUUCAGCCACAGAGUCCCAGUGUCUUAUUAUUCAGCCACAGAGUCCCAGUGUCUUAUGUCUUAUGAGCCCCCAGUCAAGAGAGAAUGCAACUCGUCCAGAAUGACCCCCCCCUGUUCAAUUUCCUGUUUCAUAACCUGUAUCCUCCUUCCUCUGGUCAUGCUAAUAAAUCCCCC